AUGCUAUUACAGGGGUCAGUAUCCUUUGAGGACGUAGCUGUGGAAUUCACCUGGGAGGAGUGGCAGGACUUGGAUGACGUUCAGAGGACCCUGUACAGGGAUGUGAUGCUGGAGACCUACAGCAGCCUGGCAUCGUUGGGAAAGAAACUCUGUGAGUGUAUUGAAUGUGAGAAAAACUUCAUUAGCAAAUCAGACCUUACAGUACAUCAGAGGACACACACAGGGAAAAAGCUCUAUGCAUGUUACCAGUGUGAAAAAUCCUUCAGCCGUAAAUCAAGCCUUACUAUCCAUCAGAGAAUUCACACACAGGAAAAGCCCUAUGGAUGUAAUGAAUGUGGGAAAACCUUCCGUCAGAAGUCACCCCUUAUAAUACAUCACAGAAUUCACACGGGAGAGAAACCCUAUGAAUGUACUGAAUGUGGGAAAACAUUCUGCCAGAAGUCUGCGCUCACUCUACAUCAGAGAACUCACACAGGAAAACUGUAUGAAUGUAAAGAGUGUAGGAAAUCUUUCUACCAUAAGUCAGCCCUCACUCUGCACCAGAGUACUCACACAGGUGAGAAACGCUACAAAUGUAAAGAGUGUAGGAAAUCUUUCUACCAUAAGUCAGCCCUCACUCUGCACCAGAGUACUCACACAGGUGAGAAACGCUACAAAUGUAAAGAGUGUAGGAAAUCUUUCUACCAUAAGUCAGCCCUCACUCUGCACCAGAGUACUCACACAGGUGAGAAACGCUACAAAUGUAAAGAGUGUAGGAAAUCUUUCUACCAUAAGUCAGCCCUCACUCUACACCAGAGUACUCACACAGGUGAGAAAUGCUACAAAUGUAAAGAGUGUGGGAAAACUUUCUACUAUAAGUCAGCCCUCACUGUACACCAGAGGACUCACACAGGUGAGAAGCCCUAUGAAUGUAAAGAAUGUGGGAAAUCUUUUUACCGUAAAUCAGCCCUCACUCUACAUCAGAGAACUCACACAGGUGAGAAGCCCUAUGAAUGUAAAGAAUGUAGAAAAACUUUCUGCCAGAAGUCAGCCCUCACUCUACAUCAGAGAACUCACACAGGUGAGAAACCCUAUGAAUGCAAAGAAUGUAGGAAGUCUUUCUACCAGAAGUCAAAACUAAGAGUACAUCAAAGAACUCACACAGGCGAGAAACCCUAUGAAUGUAAAGAAUGUAGGAAAACUUUCUGCCAGAAAUCAGCUCUCUCUCUACAUCAGAGAACUCACACAGGUGAGAAACCCUACGAAUGUAAAGAAUGUGGGAAAACUUUCUUCUAUAAGUCAGCCCUCACUCUGCAUCAGAGAAUUCACACAGGUGAGAAACCCUUUGAAUGUAAAGAAUGUAGGAAAACUUUCUACCAGAAGUCAAAACUGACAGUACAUCAGAGAACUCACACAGGAGAGAAACCCUACGGAUCUGCACGUUCUAGCACGUGGCUUCGUCCUCAAGACAAACGCUGGGCCGGGGCUGCGGGGACGCGGACUGAGCCGGAGUCCGAGGCGGGAGUCCGAGGCGGGACCCCGGAGCGUCCCACCUGCGAGGACGGAACCGGCCGCCAGAGGGCGCGCGGGCCGAGCCGGGCCCAAGGGCGGGCCCAGGAGAGCCCGGGCUGGGCUGCGCGCUGCAGCCUGUGUCCCCUCUGUCACUGCGAGGCCACGCCACCGCGUCGAGGCGGAGCGAUGAGAACGCCUGGCCCGGUCAGGGCGGCCGGGGGAUCCGGGGCUUCGGGCGACACGGAGGACGGUGUGACCCGGGUCCCGGGGUCCUGGUCUUGGGAUUUUGCGACGCGAGGCGAGUCCCUCCUCCCCUCCGAGCCUCGCCUACCGGGUCUCAGGCCCCAGUCCCUUGGAGAACGGAGGGCGCCGCGGAACCCCAAGGCUGUCCCCGGGUCACCCGACACCCCUGCCCACCAGUAUCAAGUCCUUCCUCCUGCUCACCCCUUAAGAGAGCCUCGGGAAACAGGGCCCGAGGCUUGGGCACCGGGCCCGUGGUGCUGCCCGCACGGGGGGUCUUCCCUGUCCCACUCACCCGGCAUCCCUGUCCUGCCCCAGAUGCUCUCGCUUGCUGUCCCUAGGGCCCGCGGUCGCCGCCACCAGGGGGCGCUGCUGCCCCUGGAACGCCGCUCAGCCCCUUCCCUGGGUCGGCACCGCCCUGCGGAAAAGCUGGCAGAUCCCAAAGGAGACCCAUGGCCCCCUGCCACAAUCCACAUUGUGACUUCAGUCACUGAGCAGCGACCUCUGCGCCUGCCCUUCCAUCUCAGUGAACUCUCGGUCCAGAGUGUGGUCCAGUGCCAUCUUCCUGGGGUAGAGGCUCCCCCUCCUAACCCCACUCUCACCAGUAUUAGCCAUGCCCUGCAGCAGCUCAGCAUGUCAGCACUCCCGCAGACCCUCAUCAGGAGCCCUGGGAAUCCCGUGUCACCUUCCUAUGUGCCACCUCAACCCCCCAGCAUGAUCUGCUUGGGGAACCAACUCUCUUUCCCUGGUGCUAAGAACCAUGCAUGA